GAUAAUACUUUAAAACCUGUUCAUUUCAGAUGAUUAAUAAUUAUAUUAGCUUAAUUUAAAUACAUUUUAAAAGAAAUAAAUAAAAUUUACACAUAUUAUCAACAUUUUACAUGAAAAUGACAAUCUUUAUGUGUUAGAUUAAUCAGACCCAUCUAAUUGUUAAUUAUUACAGUUUACUUAAAUUACUUCUGACAAAACAUAAGUAUGUACACUAUAAUUUCCUGAUAAUCCUGAUUAUUAAUUUACUUGUUUCAAUUAAGUUUUAAUCUAAAGUAAUUUAAUUAUAUAUAUUGGUUAACUCUAUUUUGUAGUAUUUUAAUACAAUUGCUAAGUCUAAUAUCAAACAGAAACUUACUUUUAAACGAUUUAAAUAAUAGACUCAAAUACUAUAGUAAUAAAUACAAUAAGAAAUCUUUAUAUAUUGUAAAUUGAUAGCAAUAAUAUGAUAGAUACAUAAUUAAUUAGCAUAAAUAAAUUUGAUAUAUUUAAAAAUAUUAGAGUUCUUUGUAUCUCAUUUCUUUAAAUACUUUAAGUGGCAAAACAACCUAUAAAAAAAAUAAAUCUAAAUAAAUAUGUUGAUUACAAUCCAUUAGAUUUAAAAGAGUAUUAUUAUGAUUAUGCAGUUUCUAAUUUUAUAAUAAAAAUAAAUGGAUAAACUUUAAAUUAUAUGGAUAUGUCUUAUCCUUUCUUUUCUUAUACAUCUAUGUCUUUUUCAGAUAAUAUCAGUCAAGUUGAGCCAGUUAGCAAUUCUAAUUCUCUUUUGCUUAUAAGGUUUAAAAAUGAUAAGUAUAGUGCUGCUUUAUUAGAUGGACAUGCAAAUACUUAAUUUUAAAUAAAUGGUAACAUAAAUACCUUAAUGUAUUUUUAGAAUUACAUUAUGUUUCUAUAAAAACCUUACAAUUAAUUAUUAGUUUUAAAAGUAUCAAAUCCAAUUAUUUCAAACACAUUUUUUGUUUACGAUAAUGAUUAUGUAUAUUGUAGCGAAACAUAGUAACUAUUAGGAUCACCUAAUGGAGAUAUUAUAGAAAUCUAAUAUUAUAAAGAUGGGUCUAAAAAAGUAUUUCAAAGUAAUCAUUUGUUAAAAUUAAAAAUAUAUUUUAAUUAUUAUUUUUUUUAUAGAUAAAGCAAAAAAUUUAAUAACUUAAUUUCACAAAUUAUAUUGAAGAUACUUAUAUAUAUGCUUAAGUUUAAAUAUAAUAAAAUGGAGUGA